AGAGAAAAAUUAUCCCUUUGAAAAAACUCAAGACAUAUUAUUUUAACCACUUGCGGUGGAAAGACGUGCCACGCACGUUAACAUGCUUUUCUUACCGGAACGCCAGCGACGGUUACGCAUCGUCGUUGUCGAUUGUUACAGAAAGAUAAAUGACGUGCGUGGCACGUCCACUGUUCAAUAAAAUUCUUUACCGAGGCACAGCUUCUGCUUGCUCUUCAUCGUGUAAAGUUUUCAGUAUUGACCCCAGACUAUAAAAUGGAAAGUGAUAGCGAAGUCAGUGAUGUUAUUUCUAUAAAUUAACGGAGAAGACAAGGAUUCCCGCUCGAUUGUUCUGGCACGCGCAACCGAAAAUUUCUUUGCACCGCAAGUGGUUAAUAUAAGUGGAAUAUUAAUUAAAUGAUUAAUCAUUAUGUUGAAACAAAAUUAUGCAUCUUUGGAAAAAUCACAAAAUUCUAGACAAGAUGAGAUGACUGUUACAGAUCAUGUUUCUCUAGCUGAGAGAAUGAAACCUACAAACUUUAAUUCUUAUAUAGGUCAAAGACAUGUAAUCGGAUCUAAUACAAUAUUACAUAAUUUUUUGGAAAUAGGAGAAAUUCCUAGUAUGAUAUUGUGGGGACCACCUGGUUGUGGUAAGAAAUCUUUAAUCAAUGUUAUAAUACAAUUAACCAAAGAAAAAUUCAAAGAUAAAAUACAUAUUGUAAAAUUAGUUGCAACAGCUUGUGGUGUUGGGGAUAUUAAAACAGCUGUAGAAACAGCAAAAAAUGUACUUAAAUCUGAUCAUAGAACAAUUGUUGUUAUGGAUGAAAUCCAUCGUUUCAAUAAACUUCAACAAGAUAUUUUCUUACCACAUGUCGAAACUGGAACAUUUAUUCUAAUUGGAACGACAAUAGAAAAUCCUUCUUACAGUUUGAAUCCAGCAUUACUUAGUCGAUGUCGUGUAUUUUCAUUAAAUAAAUUAUCAGUAGAAGACAUCACUGAAAUACUUACAAAAUGCAUACAUUGCAUAGGUGGUAGAAUUCAAAAUUCACUAAAUUGUAAUGAUAUUUCAAAGUUUGUAAUUCAUAACGACACAUUGAAGUGGUUAGCCGAAAUAUGUGAUGGAGAUGCACGCACUGCUUUAAGUGGUUUAGAAUUAGCAAUUCGUAGCAAAAAUAUAUUGCAUGAUAAAAGAUCUAUUAUAAAUCUUGAAGAUAUCAAACACGGUUUAAUACAUAUGAGCAAGAUUGCAGACAAUAAAAGUGAACAGACGCAUCACUUGUAUUCUGCUUUGCACAAAUCAAUUUUUGCGGGUAAACCAAAUGCUGCUUUAUAUUGGCUAGCAAGAAUAAUGGCUGCUAAAGAAGAUCCUGUAGAUAUUGCUAGACGUUUAAUUAGAAUAUCAGGUGAAGAUAUUGGUCUAUCAGAUCCAGAUGCUUUAGGUUUAGCAGUUCAUACAUUAAAUGCCUGUCAAAUGAUUGGCAUGCCUGAAAGUGAUGUUCUAUUAGGACAAUGCGUAAUUUAUUUAACUAAAGCACCCAAAUCUCGUCUGAUUUAUAAUGCUUUUAAGGCGACUCAAAAAUUUAUUAACAAUAGUAAAGAACCGCAGCCAGAUGUUCAGCAACACAUUCAAUGUAUAUCAGAAGAAGAAAAGCUUGAAUUUAGCAUUGGAUCAAAUAAAUAUAAUUUAUCAAGGAAUCUAAAUACUAAAAAAAAUCAUUUACCAAAGAGUCUACAACACGUUAACUUUUUUCACGAAGAUUUGCGAUAAUCAUUUUUUAUGCUAUUCUAAUUUUUCUGUACUAUAUUAGAAAAAAAUAAAUAUUUUCUA